UAGUUUUGUUUUGUACUCAGUUAGGUGUUGCGUUGCGAAGUGGGAAGAGAUUUGGAAUAGUUGAAAAGUUUGUGCAUUGUUUCGUUGAAUAUUGUGUUCAAAUAGUAUUGCACAUCUGCGGAACAUUGUCGUAGGUACUUCGACAUAAUUCUGGUUGCGAUUAUUUCUUACUAUACGAUCAAUAAGCAAAUGUAAUGUGGGCGUAGUGAUUUUUAAGUAACUAGAUUUUAGAAUAAUUACUCAGAAGAAAACGUAGUUCCUUUGAAACAAUAACAAUUGAUCAAAACAUCAUACUCCGAAACUAAAACAAUUGAAACUCGUCGAGAAUAUGGCUACGGUCAAUUUAAAUGGACAGUGUCAUGAUGGAGGUGGCGGAUUGGCUUCAUCCUCAAAGUCUGGGUACGGUUCCGCUGCAACCUCCUCUUUUUCGCAGUAUCCGAUUCAGGGUAAAAAGGACCAAUGGAUUAAGUUAAAUGUUGGUGGUACUUGCUUUCUUACGACGAAGACGACACUGUCACGGGACCCGAACUCGUUCCUGUCACGGUUGAUCCAGGAGGAUAGUGAUUUGAUUUCUGAUCGGGAUGAAUCAGGUGCCUAUUUAAUUGACCGAGAUCCACGUUACUUUGCCCCAGUGUUGAAUUAUUUGCGCCAUGGCAAAUUAGUUUUGGACGAUGGUCUAUCGGAAGAAGGCGUUUUGGAGGAAGCUGAAUUUUACAAUGUUACACAUUUGAUUGGAUUACUAAAGGAUAGUAUUGCAAGAAGAGAACAAAGACCUACUGCUGAUAAAAAACGUGUUUAUCGUGUGCUGCAAUGUCAAGAAAACGAAUUAACACAGAUGGUUUCAACAAUGUCCGACGGUUGGCGUUUUGAACAACUUAUCAAUAUAGGUACAUCGUAUAAUUAUGGUGCCGAAGAAAACGCCGAAUUUCUGUGCGUUGUGUCGAAGGAAUGCGCCAACACGUUACUUGGUCGGGAGAACGAGUCCAACGAUCGCGCCAAGGUGCUACAACAAAAAGGUUCCCGUAUGUAAGAGAGAUAUGAUGCUGAUCGUGUUCAGAUGCAGCGCAGGGAAAAGUUAAACUAAAAGGUAAACACUACUUAUUAAAUACAAAUAUUGGUAGCAGAUCAAAACAGCAGAAGAGUUUCAUAGUAUAAGCCCAUUAGAACACCGUGUUACAUAUCGUUUGGUUCACACUAGCCCUCACGUUGUCAUUCACAAUGAUAUUCCAUUAUGGAACAGAGAGUAAAAUGUUGGGUGAAAUGUGAUUAUUGUGUGGUAAGGUUCCAAACUACACAUUGUUUACGAAUUCAUUACCCUAUCGAUCGCAGUGUAGUUCAGCUUUUCCCAGUGUCCGAUGCAUCUUUAAGUAUAUCGAAUAGUUCCGGUUAUAGUACUGCUUUUUAUCUGCAUGAUCCGAUUAAAUCACGCAUACAAUUUUGAAACACAUACAUACACACAAUUGAACGAAUCGUUUUCCCACCGAGCAAACAUGAACGAACAACAGAGCUCAUGACAAAAUCGAAAAACUAGUGUACUCGGUUGCUCCUCAAUAAUUGAUAGCGAAACGUUUAAAAAGUCACUGCAUCCGUUUGAAGCCGUGAAAGACCUAGAAACAGCUUGGUAAUUGUUUGCUGUUAAUGUGUUAACUCCUCUUUUCCACCAGGAAUGUGAUCGUACGUAAAUGUUCAGUCAGUUUGUCAAAAUGGUAAUCGUUUCGAGUGAAUUCAGCAGAAUGAUUAUAUAUUGCAAAAUUAUGUAUUCGGUAUUCGCGUUCCGUAUUUUCUUUACUAUAUAUUUAUGUCGUGUAUCCUUUGGGUUGAAAAUAUGAUUAUAAUACUUAUUAUUCCUUUUUUUGAAGUGCGUAUGAAUUGCAAAUCGUUGCAUAGCAAUUCUAAAAUUUAUUCGUUUAUAAUUAUGAUUAAACUGACCGAAACGACAAGAUAAAUGCAAAAUAAAUAAAAUAGUUAUAGUACUACACAGACGAGUAAUAAUGAGAAGAUCAUGUUAGUGAGGAAUUAAAUGUUGUAAACCACGAAAAAGCGUUUUGAAAGAGAAGAAUAAUUUAAAUACACAA